GUCAUUGGAUCACUCGACAGGGACAUUCAACUUUCACUUACCUGCCGUCGUUGUAGGCUACUACACCUGAGGACAGUUGAAACUGUAUUCGUGAUUGGAUUCUUAAAGCAGUCAGGCGCUACAGAUCAAGAUAGCAAAGAUGUUCAAGGUAAAAAUGUAUUGGAUUAUAGGCGUGUUGCUGGGAGUAUCACUGUGCUUCAGCUGUGUGGGAUCAGUGCUGGUACAGUUUGAGAAAUACGGGACUUGGUACGCUCAGCUUGAGUCAGUGGCAGAGCUGGUGUGUGUUGUCAAGAACUUCCCUCAGUCUCUUGAGAAUAGUAGUGUUGUCAUCAGGAGGGACAGUGACAGAGACGUCAUACUGACAGUUGGUGACAAGGUGGCAGUGACAGAUCCCAGAUACACGGUGUCCGUCAGCAGAAGUUUUGAUUUAAUUGUGGUCAAGUUGGUCAUUAGUUCUGUUCAAUCAGUUGACGAAGGAAGCUACAAAUGUUACGUGAGAGGUCGACACGACUCAUCUGAUGAGGAUAUAAACGAGAUUGACAUGAAGGUCGUCAAUACCAGCACAGCUCUGACCUGUACCAAACCUCUACUUGACCCACCCAAAAUCAUCCAGCUGGGCUGCAGACUCUCCUCCUUCCCUAAAGCUCGCGUUGAGGUCGUCAAUAGCAUGAACGCUGUAGCUACCUAUGCUGAGUCCAACAACUUUGUACCAGAAACAUCACCCAGCACCUACUCGACUUUCGUCAAGAUCAAGAUCGACUACCCCAGUGUGCAGUGGGGCCAAAGCUACAAGUUUCAAGUUCGCUUCUUCCCCCUGAGCAGCGGGUUGUCGUACUUCAACGUCAGCACGCCCUGGAUAACUCAAGCUUACAUGGGCAACGCGCAGACUGGCAUCUACCAGUUCACCGCCAACUCCAAAGGCAGAGUCGUCAGCGUGGAGUACGGAAGUGACGUUACGUUCCAGUGUAAGACCUGGCUGACGGAGCCCACCGUACCGGAACUGUACCAGGGCGAUGACCUCUUGUACACGAGCACCAUGUACGACUCGCUCAAGUACGACAUCUACAAGGUCAGAUGUCAGCACGCAGGGUUGUACGAGUGCAGGGUCAAGGGCGGGGAUGUCGAUAGGAUGGUCAUCACUCUCAAGGUUAAGUCAUGUCACCCAGGCGGAACCUCCCCCCACUCCUCCAACCUAGCGGUCAGCAUCGUCCUGCCUAUACUCGGCCUCGCCCUCAUCAUCCUACUCAUCUUCUUCGCCAUCUGCAUCGUCAAACGCAUCAACCGGAAACGCAACGAGAUCCAGAACACCGGCAACAGGGGCGUGGUCUUAUCCACGCUUGAGGUCCCCAACCCCACGGACCCCAUCUACGACACCAUCAACCUGGGGUUCGUCGGGGACGGUGCUGUCAGCAAACCCCCACCCCCGUACACCGCAGGUAGCUAUGUGGUCAAGGACAGGCUGGACGCCCCACCCCCCUACACCGAGGCGUCGGGCAAUGUGUUCACACUCGCAUCUGCGCCAGUGUACACGGGAUUCGAUGCUGUCACACAAGGUCAGCCACAUAUGGAGGCCCCUCCCCCUUACCCUAGCAAAUAAAUCCUGUCAGAGUUUCAUUAUAGUGCUCAACACUUCUGUAUAUUUUAUCCAUUUACUUGUAUGUGAUUCAUGAAAACUAUGUGUAUAUUAAUUGUGAAUUUAAUUUUGCUCAAUGUUAAGAUCCAUUUUAAUGAUUUUUAUGGAAAAAAUGUUUUUUUUAAAAAAUAAAACUUAUCAAAAUGUUUUUAAUGUACAGGGAAAAUAUAUAAAAUAAUUUUAUAAUUGUGUAUUCAGUAAAACUUGAUGUAAUACAAUCAUUUUUUUAUUUUCAUCUAUUUUCCACCGAUAUUGUUUUAAGGUCAGAUUCAGUCUAACAUAAUUUGAUAAACAGCAUGACGUAUGAAACCUUUUUUUUUUAUUGUAAGGUGCUGUGAAAUAUUACGUUAGGCACAAAGUUUACAUCAAGAUAAACAAAAAAAAAACCAUGGAAUGUUUUUUUUUUUGUUUAUCUGCUCCUGUUAUAUAAUGACUGAAAAAUAACUUAUUUGUUUAGUCUAGAAUUGUAAAUAUGCAAACAACUUUUUUUUUAAAUUAUUCAAACAGGAAAUUCAAAAACUUAAAUUUAAAAAAAAAUCAAUUAUCUUUUAUUGUCAUCUCAUAACUAUUGUGCUAAUUCAACUUUUCACUUUGUAAUGGAAAUAAAGAAUGACUUUUAUUUAUUGUAAAUAAAUAUUUAUCAUUCGUAUUUUUAAAAAAAUAUAGAUGAAUGAUAAAAACUAUAACGUCAUAUUUUAACGAGAAACUGCUGUAACAUUUUAAAAGUUUAAUUUUAUAAAAAACUGUAACCAAGUUACGAAUCAAACAUUAAGAUAGGGCCUACUUAUACCUCAUAUUUACAGUGGCAUUAUCAAGACUACUGUCAUAACUUUUCAGCUGAUACUUUACACUCAAGAACAUGUAGAAACAUUUUAAAUGAGGUACAUUCAAACAAACACACAAUACAAUAUAAAUGAUUUUAUAAAAAUGGUGCAUUAGAAAUAAAUAAAAGAAAAAAAAAAGAAAACAUUUCAUACAUUGUAAAUCAAUAUUCAAUUAUAAAAGAAAAUACAAAUGUGGACUCAGUAGGUUUCAAAUAUGAACAUGUAUUCGCCAAUCUUUUAAAGUAAAAUUUGACCUUAACAUAAUAUUUGAUAUAUACCUGUAAGGAAGUGUUACCAACACAGUGUACAUAAAUGAUAAUGAAUGUAUUUAAAUUGGAUGUGAUAAUUUUAUUUUAAUUUAAAUUUCUGAUUUUUGUCGAACGAAAAACCUAAUUUUAUAGCGUCCUAGGUGUAAUGUUUCUAAUUAGAUAAAAUAUUUGAACAUUAAUAAACAAAACAGAAAUAUACAGGAUAUUUUUACAAUAAUUUUUAAUAAAAUACAGAA